UGAAUUUCUUUUUCGGGAAAUAUUUUGAUGAAUGUUCGAAAUAAUAAUUUAGGAGUUAACAAAAAAUUGUCGGCAAAAUAUUAUCAGGAUGUACAGUUUGUACAGAGCUUGGUUCGGUGACGAUAACGCUGCUGACAAUUACAAUCGUUUGCAAGAAACACUUUCACCGCCCGACACAGUGAUCAGAGUUGGUAACGAGGGUGAACAUCAGUUCAUUGCACACAAGGGUAUUCUAGCUGCACACAGUGGGUAUUUGAAGGCAUUGCUAGCUAGUGCAGCAGCCAACAAUUCGAAUAACGGUCCACCAAACUUUGCCGGAUUGAAUUCGGCGAGUUCUAGUAGCUCGGCGGCAACUGCGACAGGUUUAGGUGGACAACAUGCGAGACAACAACAACCGGUUACUUCUGUUUCAGUAUCUUCCAUCGGUGGAGAAGCAUUUGCCCCGUUGUUAAAUUACAUGUACACGGGUAGAUUGGAAGUAACAUUGGACAAUGUCUACAGUGUACUAUUGGCCACGCAUUUGUUGCAUAUGCCUGGUGCAUUGGAACAAUGCAGAGCUGCUUUACUCAGAUUAAGAGCACCUCCUCCUUUACCAACACCCAUACCAAUACCACCAGUUUCUACAUCAACGUCAACAUCUAAUUCAGGUCCUGGAAGUAUACUUAGACCAAUACCAAAUAGAUUGGUAUUGGGACCACCUUUGUGUUGGCCUCAAACGAGCUCAAUUUAUCCUUCCACCGCGACAGGACCAACAUCCGUCGGUCUACCACCGCAUUUACCUCAAAUGCAACCAACUACUGUCCUAAUCCCACCAUCCGUUUCACCUAACUUAUCGGUCAUUCCUAGUUUAAGUACUCAGGAAACUCAAGAACCAUCGUCUAGCACGCAUUACAGCUCGACCAACAGAGACCUUUCAAGAUCACCGAGAUCCUCGCCAACACGACAAUUAAACAAAAGAAUGAUCAACGUCAAAUCCCGAUCCCAUUCGAGAUCGACAACACCGGAAACUAUUUCACCAGUUUCUUCUCUUCCGUAUGCUAACGCAGCAACAGCAGCAGCGGCAGCAGCAGCAGCUGCAGCUGCAGCAGCAUUCAAUGCAUUCGCAUCAAGAUCAUCCUCCCCAUCGGGUGUUUCCCGUUCCUCAUCGUUAUCGCGAUCACCUUCACCGUCAUCUUCCCGACGUGGAAAGAAAAUGAAUAAUAAUCAGUCAAUUGUUGAUCGACGAGAUGUUGUUGUUCAUUUCAAACAAGAAUCAUCAUCUCGUAUAAUUGACACUAUUUCAACAACGACAACGGCAACAACUACCACCACCAUCAGCAACAGCAGCAGCACAACCACGACAACAGGAGAAACAACUACAAUUACAACAGCAAUUAACCAACGUAGACGAUCCAAUGAAAAUUCAAAUUCGAUCGGAAACUCACCGUCAAGAAUAAUCAACAAUACCGAUAAUACAUCUAAAAGUUUGACCAUAACUGAUAUGGAUCCACGUGAACGUCGACCAUCUCAUAGACGAAAAAAUCGAAUACCCAAUAAUAACCAUAACAACAACAACAACAAUAAUAAUCAAAACAAUAAUAAUACCAACACGAACAAUAGUAACGAUCCCUCGUCUUCCAACAGCAACAAUCUUUUAUCCGUGGUUUACGAUGUUGCUUGUUGCGAUGGUCCAGUUAAAUUCCAUCGUGUGUUAAACGAAAAUUACACGUUAUCCCAACAAGCACGUUUGCAAAGGCAUUGCAUCGAGGAAACAAUUAGACCAACAUUAGAAAACGAUGAGAAUGGUGGUAGCAGAACUUCCAUACUGACAACAACAACAACAACAACAACACCGACCACGAGAAUACGAAAUUGUCCCAUAGAUCCUAUGGUAAAUUCUCAAAUCAAUGAUUCAACCAAUACCAACACCACCAACACCACCACUGGCAACAACGUUGUUGGCAAUUAUAGUUGCGGUUACUGCAGGCAUACUUUCAAAUCUCAAUACUGUUAUAGGAAACACGCUAAAAGACAUUUGUUACCUACCAGAUCAUCUUCCAACAACGAAACAACUACACCAACAACAACCACGACGACUAUAACAACUGGUAAUGAAAGAAAUCGCCAAGAUGGCGGCACGAGAAACAGAAGGGAAGUUAGAUUAUUGGAUUUGAACGUACAAUAUUAUCCCUGCAAAAUAUGCGGAUGCAAAUUUCCAAGUUAUUAUUUCGUACACAAGCAUAGAAAAUUGUGUCACGCUAAUGUCGAAGAUAAUCAUCAUCCUAGGGUUAACAACAGAGAUGAUGUUGUUAACUACAAUGAUCAAGAAUCUAUUACUCAACCUACUGUUGUUGAUGAUACACCAACACCCCCCAUUAAUCACGAAUGAACACUGGCAGGAUUUUUUUUUUUGUCUGUUUUCUUGAUACAAACAUGUCCUUUAGAAAAGAUUUUAAAAUAUGAGAUAAUAAUAACAAUUAUUAUAAUUAAUUAAGCACAAUACACCACGCAUUUAUUCUUCGUGUCCAUUAAAAGAAAAAGAAAAAAGAAAAAAAAAGGAAAAAUCGUAUCCCAAAAUUAUUAAA